AUGGCUUCAUCUGAUAUCAAACCAGUAGCCAAUUAUGUUGGUGCUUUCGAUCCAGUUACAAUGCCAUACAAUGAAAAUCUUGCAUCUAUGGGUGGUUGUAUUAUGCAACCUGUUCGACUUUACACUAUUAAAUAUCAAGUGUUACCAUGUACUUUAAUUUACAAUAGUCUAUGUGGUUACGGUUCAAACGUCGGCAAUGACGAAAGUUUUAUGAUGCAUACAACCAGUGCUAUACAAUUUCUUAGCGAUGAAUAUAAACUCGAUCCGAAUACAUUUCUCUCAAGUGCAUCAUAUGAUGCUCAACGAAAACAUUUAUUUUAUACUGACAUAUAUAUUGAUAUUGGUAAUUAUCUAUCGAUUCAUCUCAGUAACGGUCAACUCUCAUCAACUGCUAUGGACAAUCCACUUAAUCUCAAACCGGAUACGUCUUAUAAUGAAUUUAAUUGUUUUACUGUAAUGACUAUUUAUUAUAUUCCACAAAUAAUUGAUCGAGCAUGUAAAAUUCUUUCUCAAUUAAUUAAUUUUAAAUUAUUAUAUAACGUUGAAACAAGUCUUCAAAUGGUUUGUUAUACUCCACAAUCUGGUUUUUAUACAUCACCUAUUUCGAUUAAACGACCACAUAUUAAAGAUCUAUGUUUGAAUUAUGGUCAUGAAUUUGCUGAUGUACAUGAAAAAUUAUUGAAUCAAUUAUGUCAAACGUAUUCAAGUGGAAUUGCAUUUCUUCAUGGUCCACCAGGAACUGGAAAAACAUAUUAUAUCCGAUAUCUUAUUAAUGAAAUUAAGAAUAAAAGUUUGAUCUAUGUACCACCUGAUCUAGUAAAUGAAAUAACAAAACCUGGUUUUCUACCAUUUCUUAUGCAACAUCCCAAUUCCAUAUUGAUUAUUGAAGAUUCGGAAACUAUAAUACUUGAUCGAAAAGAUGCUCUUAAUCCAAAUCAAGCUGUCAGUAAUCUUUUAAAUCUUAGUGAUGGUCUUUUAGGUGAUGCUAUGCAUCAACAAAUUAUCACAACGUUCAAUUGUGAAAUGAAAGGUAUUGAUCCAGCAUUAUUACGUGAAGGUCGACUUAUUGUUGAACAUAAAUUUGAAAAAUUAUCUGUUGAUAAUGUUCGUCAAUUAUACAAAGAAUUUGGUAUUGAUGGUGCUGAAAAUAUUCAAGAACCAAUGUUACUUGCGGAGAUUUAUGCAAAGAAAUCAGUAUCAGAAUAA